UUCGACAUAGAACGAAAUCAUGAGCGAUCCGAAAGAUACAAGGGUUUCUUGGGAUCUUCAAGAGCAGGAGCACAGCGGACCUCCGACGCCUGCCGAGAGGAAGCUACAGCUGAGGAGAAAGGCUACUCGAAAGGAGUCAGCGAAACUCUCCUCAGUUUACCUCGGUCUGUCUCUGCGUGUCCGCGAUCAUGAGGUCGAAUACGCCGUAAUCGUCCACGAUGGGAUGGGUUCAGUCGGAUCCGAACAUGAUAUUCGCAAAUUGCAAGGGGACGGAAAGCAAGAUGUGAUGGAUCAGAUUCUCGACCGGGCAAAGGAGUACUCACAAGCGCGGGGGCAUAAGAUAGAAAUCUUGGCUAUCUGCGGGCCGCUUGACGCACCGCUCAAAGUGCCCGCUGCAAACAUUGACAUCGAUCGGGACGCCCCGCAAUCGUUCCUGUCGCGUAUCUGGCUGGAAUUGGACGCUGUCCCUUUUGUUGUUAACUGCCGCGACACUCAAUUCAGUCUGGAAGGCGAGGCGACGUUGGCAGUCGAGAAAGCGCUCGAAUGGCUCGCGCCGACAGCGAAAUCCAUUGUCAAAGCCGGCGCCGACCCUCGUAACAGAGAGGUUCAAGUUGAUGCAAACGGCCGGAUACGCCUGUACGAUCUACAUGAACAAGCUGCAUUGACAUCUCCCGGACUUUGGGAGACCUUCUCUGCGUUAGCCACAUUAAUCAAGCAGGCCGGGGUUAGGGUUACGUUCCUCUCCGCUACUCCUAGAGGUGGCGGGGUUGCUCUUAUGAGGCACGCACUGAUUCGGUUAUGGCGUCUCGCUGGCCUGGAUGUGCACUGGUACGUCCCACAAGGAGAUGCUUCGGUGUUCGACAUCACGAAACGACGCUUUCAUAACGUCCUGCAAGGCGUGAACCCGCCUGACGUGGAGCUUCGGGAAGGCGACAAACACAUGUUUGAGCGCUGGACGGACUGGAAUUACGAGAAGUACUGGCGUGGGCCUGACAAUCCUGUGCGGGCUGACAUCGUAGUCAUCGAUGAUCCCCAAGUGACCGCUCUGAUACCGCACAUUAGGCGUGACAGCCCGAAGACGAAGAUCAUUUAUCGCUCCCAUAUCGAAAUCCGCAGUGACCUCGUCGAUGCCGGCGUCCACCCACAGGUCGAUGUCUUCAACUAUCUCUUCAACUUCAUCAAACAAGCCGAUUUGUUCGUCUCCCAUCCCAUCAAGGAGUUCGUGCCGAAGGUCGUCAAUGAGACCAUGCCUGUAGUCUACAUGCCUCCCUGUACAGAUCCCCUUGACGGCCUGAACAAGCCCAUCCCUGAGGAGAUGCUGCAAGUCUACCGGCACAUGUUUAGUGACUUGAUUGGCGCUUCGACGGGCCAGACUAUCGAUUGGCAGAGGGGUUAUAUCCUGCAGGUUGCCCGGUUCGAUCCGUCGAAAGGUAUCCCGGACCUUGUGGAGGGCUACAGGCUUUUCAGGGAGGAGGUCAAGAAGCAGGGCAUGAUGAAGAACGCGCCGCAGCUUAUAUUGACUGGUCAUAGUAGCAUCGAUGAUCCGGAUGGCACCUAUAUUCUGCAUAAACUGCAAGACACACUCUGCAGCGAGCCAUUCAAGGACAUCAAGGAUGAUAUUUUCGCUGUCCGAGCACCUGCCGAAGAUCGCCUUCUCGACGCGCUUAUGCGCGGGGCGGAUGUCGCGUGCCAAGUCAGCACUCGCGAAGGGUUCGAGAUUAAGGUCACGGAAGCUAUCCACAAGACUCGCUGGGUGAUCGCCACCAAGGCUGGUGGUAUACCCCUGCAGAUUCGGGACGGCGUUGACGGGACGCUCGUUCCUCCCGGUGACCCGCAGUCCAUCGCUCAAGCGCUGGUCAAUUUCUACACUUCCGGGAAGGAUAUCAAGAAAACCGGUGAGUCGCGUGGUAAUGAGACGGUCAGGCCCCUCGGUGGCAGGUGGGAUGAUCGUGGUGAGGGACCACGGGAGGAAUUGUUCACUGUCGGUAAUGCGACUAUGUGGCAGUACCUCUGGUGUCGCGUCCUCGGCUUGAGCACCGAGCACUGCAAGCACUUGCCCGAGGUACACAAGCAGCGUCUUGACACUCUGGGGCUGAAUCACAAAGAAGAUAUACGGCAGCUGAAAGGAAGGAAGGUCUGGGAUAUCUUAUCCGAGAGGAAACACUGAAUAUAGAGACAUGAUGGACACCGCUGGAAGAAGUGAAUCACAACUGGAAGAUGGGUGUAUGAUAAGAACAGUAUGUUUACAUAUUAUGCUAAUAGCUAGUAUUUAUCAACAAGGUAUGGAAAGUUCCG